CUGAGGCGGUUGGUGGUCGUCGCGGGCCACGCCGUGACCAUGGCCGAGAGCCUCGAGGGCGUCGAGGAGAACGACGCGUCCUGGUACCUGCUGGGCUACCAGCGGGGCCGGGACCUGCCGCGCGAGUUCGUCAAGCACGCGAGGCGCGGCGCGGAGCUCGCCGCGGGCCGCGACGACGCGCUGCUGGUGUUCUCCGGCGGCCAGACGCGGCGCGACGCCGGCCCGCGGUCCGAGGCCCAGUCCUACUGGCUCCUCGCCGAGCACUUCGGGUGGUGGGGCCUACCGGGCGUCGCGGCGCGCGCGACGACGGAGGAGUACGCGCGCGACAGUUACGAGAACCUGCUCUUCUCCAUCUGCCGCUUCCGCGAGGUCGCGGGCGACUACCCGGAGGCCGUCGACGUCGUCUCCUUCGACUUCAAGGAGCGGCGCUUCGUCGACCUCCACGCGCCCGCGAUCCGGUUCCCCAAGGACGCGUUCCACUUCGAGGCCGUGCCCGUCGACGGCGGGUCGCGCUUCGACGGCGCCGCCGCCGCCGAGGGCGAGGCCGCCGCGGCCGCGGCCUUCGAGGAGGACCCCUACGGCUGCGACGGCGAGCUCCACGCGAAGCGGCGGUCGCGGGACCCGUUCCACCGCGGCGUGCCCUACGGGACCGUCUGCCCGGAGCUCGGCGGCCUCCUCGCGCACUGCGGCGACCGGCUCUACCAGGAGGCGCUGCCCUGG